UAAACGCACAAAUACAAUUAGUGCCAUUUUGAGCACUUAACAGUGACCGUAUUGAGUACAGCAGUGCCAUUUUGAGUUUAACAUUACCCUUUUUACAUCAGCGUGGCAACGCAAUUUUUUAGGUGAAAAAAUUAUUAAAGUCGUUGUUAAAAAAACAGAGUGCAAAAAACAGCAGCAACUACACACAAUUAAUAAAGCAAAAGCAAGAGAAAAGCAAAGCAAGCGUGUGCUGCCGCCUCCAUUUCUUAGCCAACAAGCCCGAAAGUGUCACCGCCAAGACGUACGUGCGAAAAAUGUUUUGGGACAAGUGUUAUGCGCCCUCUGCUAAUAUAGAGGCGCUGCUCGAGAAGGAGAAUUCCACAGUGGAGGAAUUCCUGGACGAGGAGGAUAUAUUGCAGGAAUGUAAAACGCAAAAAAAGAAUUUGGUCAACUAUUUUACACGACCAGAAGUGAUUCGUCGUCUGGUCGAGCUCAUCACAACGGAACCAUCAGAAGAUUUGCCGAUGUCGCAGCGUUUCCACUACGCAAACAUGUCAUGUGAGAUACUCACACUUGGUCUACCUUCGCUGGAUGAGAAAUUGCUCUCGGAUGCGGAUACAUUGCAAUUGCUGUAUUCAUAUUUGGAAAAAGAACCACCGUUAAAUUCAUUGCUAUCGUCGUUUUUUAGUAAAACAUUUAGCAUGCUCUUUACGAAAAAGCCAGAACAAGAUUGGUUUUUGUAUCAACAUAUGUGCCUACAAUUUUUGGAGUAUAUUAAAGCGCAGAAGAACUUUUUGGAUUACAUUUGUAAACACUUUGACACACCUGUUAUACCCGAUCUAAUCAUGCAAAUGAUGAAGGACAUCGAUGGUGGUCAACUGAAGCGCAACCUAUUCGAAUGGUUAACUGAAGACAAACUUGUUGAGAGACUGAUUGCAAUAUUGCGUAAUCCUCUGGAGACCGAUAAGCAUGCAAAUGUUGCGGACUUUUUUUGUGAUCUUAUUAACCAGGGCCGUCUAAUGCGUCAAACGGAGCAGGAGAAUGAUUCAUUUGAGCCGGCCUUUGAUGGGUCAAAUCCCAUAUUGCGCACGAUUGAAUCUGCACAGACAAUUGAAGCCUUGUUAAAUGUGAUUUUGGAACCAAACGCUCUAGAGAGCGCCAUCUUAUCAGGAAUAUCGGUUGUACUUACGCUUAUCAAGCCCCUUACAUUCACUUAUGAGCCGACUUCGGAUCGCCAGCGUUUGCUGCAGAAACGCGAGAGAGAAUUCCAUCAGGAAAUUCAAGAGACUGUGAUUGUGGUGAUGGCGCCUCGUUUACAUGAAUUUGUGCAUUUGCUGAAGAAUCCGCCAGCGAAACCGCAACUGGAGACCACAGCAGCGAUUCUUACUCCUCCAUUUGGCAAAACGCGCCUACAGGUCUGUCGUGUAUUCACCGCUCUGCUAGAGACCAAACACGAGACCAUUCAACAGGCCAUCUGUGCCACCGAAUACUUUUCUCUGCUGCUGGACUUUUUCAAGGAAUACUGCUGGAAUAAUUUUCUUCACAGUGAACUGGAGAAGGCAUUGCAUUUGGUCUUUUAUAAUGAGCUCUCGAACAAUAAUACAAAUUCUACGGACUGCACCGAAAUAUUCCAGGAUGAUUAUAUAUUCAAUUGCUUAAUGAAGAUUACGAAUGAUGCCAUGGGAACGACCACGGCCGAGGUGGAAAUGAAGAAUGCUUUGAACGAUGUAAAGCGCGCCGAGGGCGGUAAAGAGAAUCCAACAGGAGAAAUUGAAUUUGAGGCAGCAGCAGCUCAGCAAGAAGCUGAAGCUGAAGCAGAGGCAGCCGCCAUCGCAAAGGCUGCCAAUGAAGUUAAAGAGGCCAAUGAAGUGGAGGGCACGCAGGCGAAUCACAUUGAAAACAAUGCAACUGAUGAACCUGCCUCUACAUCUGCUCCUGAUGAUAACCAAGCAGAGCCAAAUACGACGACUGAUGCCACUCAGGCAACGCUCAACGAUUUGGACAAUACCAAAGCGCCAAUAAACAACCCGCCCACAGAGAUGCAAACAUAUCUGAUUGUCAAUUGCCAACUGGUGACCAAAUUGGUUAAUUAUUGGCGGCACAAUGCAGAGACGCAAUCAGCGGAAAAGGGUCGUCGGCUGGGCUAUAUGGGCCAUCUGAUCAAGAUACUCAGACAUAUUACGAAUUGUAUAUCGGAAUCUGAACAUAUCGCUAGCCUGAUUGCAUCUAGUUUUGAUAACGAGGCGGACCUGCAGCUCUGGCAAUCGCUAAUCGCCCAGGAAGGAGAAUUUACGCUGGCCGUUGCGCAGCAAAAUAAGCUGUUGGCCAAUUGCAAUCCGCACGAGGAUAAUGAGUAUAAUGCGGAUAACUCGCAAGAUUUCUUGAGUGAAGCUAAUACUUGGGACAUUUGCACCACAUCGUACAGCAAGAUACAUGGACAUGAAAUGGAUAACACGCCGUUUGGCCUCAACAUCGACGACGACGAUGAUGAUUAUAGUUUCGAUGGCGAAAAGUUUGCCUAUUUCCAGGAACAUUUCGACAUUGCUUUCAGCGCUCUGUGCUUGGCUAAUACCCAGGCGCCUUUGAAUGCUGCAGCGCAGUCUACGAGCAAUAGCUCGGAGCAGCAACGAACGCUGAACGAGGACGAUGUAUCUAUGACUGCAACCGAUAAUCUGGAAUCGAUCGUCAACAAUGAUGACCAGCAAGCGGAGUACGACAACAACGCCAAUGUAGAGAAAGCAGCUAGCGAUAAGCUGCAGGAACUAAACGAUGUUGAUGCAUCCGCCACCACGGCAGCCACAUCGAUUGUAAGUCGAUUGCAAUCGGUGCUGCUCGCCGGCGAAGAUGAUUAUGAGGAUGAUGAGGGCAUGUGGACGAAGCCUCUAGGCGGCAGCAAUCAGUCUGAUACAAUAGCCACCGAUCCACAGACAACACUCAUCACGAACGGACCCAGCAAAAUUGCCGAAUUCAACCAUGCCAACGACAACAACAGCAGCAACAGCAGCAGCGGCAGCAACAACAGCAACAACAGCGAAGCACGCGACGACAGCAACAUCACAAUUGAAGCAGAACCGGAGCAGCAGCCAAAGAAGUCGGAGAGCAUAGCUACGGCUGCCACAAAAAAUGCGGAAAUUGCAACAACGACAACAUAAAUGUGCCGACACACUCACGCUCACACACACACCUACACUCAACAUACCCAACACGCAACACGCCCGCAUGGCCCACACUAUAUACGCACACACACACAUACACACACACGCAUACAUACAGCCUGAGAGACGACGUCAGCAACUGCAAUUUGUAUAGCAUAUACAUAUAUAUACAUAAAAGAAUGUGUCGAAAAGUUGUAAACAUAAAAUGUAAAGCCUUUGAUUUGCUCUUUAAUCAUUUCUUAUACAUAAGCAUGCAUACAUAUUUAAGUG